AUGCCCCAAAGUUCAUCGGAGUACUACCCAUCUCCAGAAGAGGAGCUUGAUACAGAUAUAUCCGAUUUGGAAAUUGAGGAAGCAGGUGUAGCAUUCCCAUAUAAUGACAAACCGAUACCGAAGCAAGAGGAGAAAUCCUUUAAGGAAAAAUUUAGCGAGAACAUCUGGUAUAAGGCCAGAAUAGGAGGUAAGUGCCUUCUUGUCAGCUCAUGCUUGUUUGCUGUGAUGGUUUUAGCAUUUGAAUGCAUUCUCUUUGCUCUUUUUGCCAGAAACUUGGACACAAUGCGUGUGAAUAAGCCAGAGGCCACCAAUGCAAUAUGGAGGUCUGGCAAAAGAAAUGCUGUUGCCACAUACUUGGCCCUAUAUAUCUACGCUGAAAUAUAUCAAGUGCUUUACUCAUUGCUUAUUCUUUACACCAAAAGUGUGUACCAUCUAGUCACAUACAACAUCUUUUUAGGUGCAAUGGCCGUCUACUCUGGAAUACAGUACUAUGAGCUAAAAAACACGCUUUUAUUCGAUCUAACAUACGACUCUUGGCAGACCGCCUGCACAGCCUUCUCCGUAGUGGUGAUCUGCUUGAGUUGUCUGGCCUGCUUAAUCCAGCUUUUAAACGCAAGAUACUUAUGGAAGAUUUUCAUUAAAAGCACCGGAGAAAAGGUCGGAAACAAGUCAUCCAUGGUCCAUGCAAACACAGCAUUUAAUUUAAACAGGAAUGCAAUAAUACUUGGAGUCUUCUUUUUUCCUGCUUUUACCCUCCAGUUUGCUGUGAUUGUUUUGCAAAGGAAUGAUCCCGAAUUCAUCAUUACGAUCGUGAUAUUAGCUUUGAGCUACUUUGUGCUUUUGCUUUCGGACUAUUGUGCAGUCAGGGAGAAGCCUGCUGGCUUGCUUCUGGUUUUUCUUGCCUAUUUGUGCGGUCUUGCAUACCUCAGUUUUAAGCUUUACCGUCUUUUCACCAGAUACGUGUCAAUACCGGGAAAACGGUCGCUUAUAGCCUUUGACAUAUUUUGCAUGGUUCUUCUUCUUUGGCUUCUGGUGCUACUUGCUGCUGUCUGGUACUAUUUUGGUAACGGGAUUAAGGAAAUCUACAGCUCCAAUUACCGGUUAACGAGGAAGGAAGCAGAUACUUCAAAAACUUCAACAACUUCUUUUAGUGACCUUUGA